GUAGGGCCCCCGAGGCGCCGGCCGGAGCUCGAGGGGGCCCUGCGAAGGCCAGCCCCAACCCGUUCGAGGUGAAAGUCAACCGGCAGAAGUUCCAGGUCCUGGGCCGCAGGACGCGCCACGACGUGGGGCUGCCCGGGGCGUCCCGCGCGCGCGCCCUCCGGAAGCGCUCGCAGACUUUACUGAAGGAAUACAAAGAAAGGGAUAAGUCCAAUGUAUUUCGAGAUAAGCGCUUUGGAGAAUAUAAUAGCAACAUGAGCCCCGAGGAGAAGAUGAUGAAGAGAUUUGCUCUAGAACAACAGCGACAUCAUGAGAAAAAAAGCAUCUACAAUCUAAAUGAAGAUGAAGAAUUGACUCAUUAUGGCCAGUCUUUGGCAGACAUUGAGAAGCAUAAUGACAUUGUGGACAGCGACAGUGAUACUGAGGAACGAGGAGCGCUGUCUGCUGAGCUGACUGCUGCCCACUUUGGAGGAGGCGCUGGGCUCCUGCAUAGUAAGACCUCUCAACAGGAAGGCGAGGAGGGGCAGAAGCCAAAGUCACGGAAAGAACUGAUUGAAGAGCUCAUUGCAAAGUCAAAACAGGAGAAGAGGGAAAGACAAGCUCAACGAGAAGAUGCCCUUGAACUCACAGAGAAGCUAGACCAAGACUGGAAAGAAAUCCAGAUUCUCCUGUCACAUAAAACUGCCAAGUCAGAGAACAAAGAUAAAAAGGAGAAACCCAAGCCCGAUGCAUAUGACAUGAUGGUUCGUGAGCUUGGCUUCGAAAUGAAAGCACAGCCCUCUAGCAGGAUGAAAACGGAAGAGGAACUGGCAAGGGAGGAGCAGGAGCGGCUCAGGAGGCUGGAGGCUGAAAGACUUCGAAGAAUGCUCGGAAAGGAUGAGGAUGAGAACAUUAAGAAACCAAAACACAUGUCAGCGGAUGAUCUGAAUGAUGGCUUUGUACUAGAUAAAGAUGACAGGCGUUUGCUCUCUUACAAAGAUGGAAAGAUGAUUGUCCAGGAAGAUGUCCAGGAAGAGCAAAGAAAGGAAGCCAGCGAUGCUGAGAGCGAGGAGGAAGAGGGCGGAGGUUCGAGUGGGGAGGACCCAGAGGAGAGCGAUGGUCCCGAUGGCCACUCGGACCUGGAAUCUAAUGUGGAGAGUGAGGGAGAAAACGAGAAAACGAAGAAGGAGCAGCGCCGGACUCCUGAGAAAGGACAGACAAGUGAUGAGCAGAAAGCUCGAAAAGCCGCCAGGACAGAGCUACCCUACACAUUUGCAGCUCCUGAAUCCUAUGAGGAACUGAGAUCUUUAUUAUCAGGAAGAUCAGUGGAAGAGCAGCUUUUGGUGGUGGAGAGAAUUCAGAAAUGCAACCAUCCAGGUCUCGCAGUAGGAAACAAAGCAAAAUUAGAGAAACUAUUUGGCUUUCUUUUGGAAUAUGUUGGAGAUCUGGCUACAGAUGAUCCACCAGACUUCAGAGUAAUUGACAAGUUGGUUGUGCAGUUAUAUAAUCUUUGCCAGAUGUUUCCUGAAUCUGCAAGUGACUCUAUCAGAUUUGUCCUCCGAGAUGCCAUGCAUGAAAUGGAAGAAAUGGUUGAGACCAAAGGCCGGGCGACGUUGCCAGGGUUGGAUGUGCUUAUUUAUUUGAAAAUCACGGGGCUGUUGUUUCCGACCUCAGACUUCUGGCACCCGGUAGUGACCCCUGCUCUGGUGUGCAUGAGCCAGCUGCUCACAAAGUGUCCCAUCCUGUCCCUCCAGGAUGUGGUGAAGGGCCUGUUUGUGUGUUGCCUUUUCCUGGACUAUGUGUCUUUGUCUCAGAGGUUUAUACCUGAGCUUAUUAAUUUUCUUCUUGGGAUUCUUUACAUCGCAACUCCAAACAAACAAAGCCAAGGUUACACUCUGGUGCACCCUUUCAGAGCACUUGGGAAGAACUCCGAAUUGCUCGUGGUUUCUGAUAAAGAGGAUGUGGCCACGUGGCCGAGGAGCAGCCUCUCCCUCCGCUGGGCAGGUGGACUGAGGACACCGACUAUGACAGAGGCCAACCACAUCAGACUGUCCUGCCUGGCUGUGGGCCUGGCCCUGCUGAAGCACUGCGUGCUGAUGUACCGUUCGCUUCCAUCCUUCCACGCCAUCGCCAGGCCUCUCCAGGCCCUCCUGGUGGAGCACCUGGCAGACUGCAGCCACCCCUGUGAGCUCCAGGAGCUGUGUCAAAGCAUAGUGACAGAAAUGGACAGCCACAAGCAGCUGCUUCAGCCUCUGACCUGUGAGAAGAGCAAGCCUGUCCCGCUGAAAUUGUUCACCCCUCAACUGGUUAAAGUCCUCGAGUUUGGAAGAAAACAAGGCAGCAGUAAGGAGGAGCAGGAAAGGAAGAGGUUGAUCCACAAACACAAGCGUGAAUUUAAAGGCGCUGUCCGAGAAAUCCGCAAGGACAAUCAGUUCCUGGCUAGAAUGCAGCUCUCGGAGAUCAUGGAACGGGAUGCAGAAAGAAAGCGAAAAGUGAAGCAGCUUUUUAACAGCCUGGCUACCCAGGAAGGUGAAUGGAAGGCUCUGAAGAGGAAAAAGUUCAAGAAGUAAAUCAGGCUGGGAAAUAGUGCACAAAGUAAUAAAGAACUCCGAUGCCA